AGUAAUCACUACGUGUAGUAGUAGCAGUAGCAGCAGUGUCAUUGUGCUCACAUGCGUCUCUGAAGACAUGUGACUCUGCGAAACUCCCAGCAUUGUUUGGGGAUGACACAAAGAGAGCUUCUACUUUCCAGCAUCACGCUGUGAUCCACAUACCGACAAUACCUGUGUAGUGUGAAUGGUGACAGCAGUCAGCAGGACAGAUGAGUUGCGCGUUCGCACUUCCAGCGGUUUCAUGGCUUCUGUGGGUGGCAGGUUUGUCAGUCAGACAAACAGCUGUGUGAUAUUUGUGUGUGUGAGAGAGGGGGAGAGAUUUUUCCCGCUGCUGGUGGUUUAACUGCAGUCCAACAGCCAGUUGGACUUUACGCACAAACUCCAUCCUAAAGCCACCGAUCGGAGUACUUGGAAGCAAUCACUGCGCAGUGGGAUGGAAGACGAAAUUUUCAACGAUUCCUUCCAAUAUCUGAAAGAACUGGAAAACAAAGUCGGCAGAAAAACGCCAGAAAGUCUUCUGAUUUGGAUGAGGGAUGCUGCGGACUGCGAGGACGACUGGAGGUCUGAAGUGGUCGACAGGGGAGACCGCAGCUCUGCCGUCAACGCUAACUUCUCUGACAAAAUAAGCAACUUAAAACAAGAGAUGAGGCGGAUGCGUUCUGCAGAUGUGAGGAUUCUUCGCCAGCUGGUGACUGUGCAUGAGGGGAUCGAGGCCAUGCGUUGGCUGAUGGAGGAGCGGGAUGCCUUAGCCAGCCAUGGCAGCAGCUUGACAGGGAGCCUGAGCAGCCUAGUUACUGUAGAGGAACACGGGCCCUCGAUGUCCCCCUGCAGGGACAUCCUGAGUCAAACUCAGGAUUCAGCUGAAUCCACUGGCGAGGAAUCAGAAGAUGAUCCACCACACACUGACCAUGGUGAUUCAAACCACAAGAGCUACCCUGACAUGCUGAUCCCCAAGACUGCCGAAGCAAGAUCUCCUAGUCUUUACACCUCCAACUUUACAGUCGAUCAUUCCACAUGUGGCAGGCAUGGUCAGGCAUCAUCUAUUCCUGCCCGCAGCUUGGUUAGUGCCAGUUUGCCACAUUCACAACCACAAGACUCACAUUUAGCUCCAUUACGAGACAUCAAAUCUGGUGCUGACACCAUCAGAAGAGCUCUGCUCAGAUCAAGCAUGACAAGAAGAGAAGUGAAAAUGGACAUUGGUAGUUUUGCCCUCAUUAAACAGUCAGAGGAGACACAGAAAGAGCAGCAAACUCAGGAGAGUCUCAGAGCCUCUCAGAACAAUACAAUGGAAAAGGAAGAGAAUGUGCCUAACAGAGAGACAGUUCUGCUGGGUUAUGAUGCUCAGUGGUCCUGGGUGGAGUCACAGGAAGACAUCACAUUUCUGUGAUAUUCUAUGAGCGCAGUUUAAAGGUAUAAUCUUUGAUUUGAAGUUCCUCUCCUCAACAGCUAAUUGCCUGUAAUGUGGUGGGAUUUAAAAUGCACUUUGACAUGAAGGUGUCACUGUCUCUGUUGGUUCUUUUGUUUUCAUGUGUUUAGGCUAUAACAGAAAAGUUAUUUUGUUGACAACAAAAAAGAAGAAAAAAAGAGAGUGCUCUGAAAAUAUCCACAAAGAAUAUGUCUAUCUCUGAUAUCCAAAAUAUUUUACACACUUGGGACUUUUUGAAGAUACUUAUGAUGAACUUUUUAAUCAGUGGGCCAUCUCCACUAUUCAUUUGAUUGCACUGAAUUUUAUUGCCACUUAUCUGGCAAGUGCAUUGUCUUAUUGUAUUUACAAGAUCAGAAUGGCAGUCAGUCUUGCUCUUCAAGUCAGUCUUGUUCUUAUUUCUCCUGUCCUCUCCCUUCUCCUUGAAUGUUUUCAUAAUUGUGAUUAUGCUUCCUAAUAUACCAGCUGGUAAUAAACAAGAAAACUAUAUAUACAUAUGUGCUUUCUUGUCUCUCGUCCAAACAGCAGAUAAGUAUAAACGUGUUGAAUGAAUGUGUGUAUGCAAAGGUAAAAUGUCCCUAAAUCUGGGAUAU